UAACAGUCACUAGCUUUCCAUGCUUAUCUCCCCCAUUUUUUUUCUUCUUUCCAAAACCUUAAUUUUAUAACUUUUGUUUAUAAUUUAACAAGUUGAUUUCUUGUUAUUGUUAUCAAUUUUUGUUUUGUUCUUGUCUUUGAUAUGGUUAUUGUUAAUUUUGGGUGCUAUUGAGAUUUUUUUCAAUUGAUUUUCAGAAAUAGAAUUUGGAGAUGUUAUUGUUCUGUCUUCAUUAUAAUCCUACUGUUAGUGACUACUAUUCAAUAUUGGAGCUUGUGUGUGCUCUUAGAAUUAUAGUUAUAUAAAUGAUUAUAAGAUGUUUGUUAAGGUGGGACUCUAACCCCCUUGGGUACAAUAUAGCUACUGGUAUUAAGUAGAUACAAAUUGUAUAAGCUUUCUUUAUAUAUCUUAUUUUUAUGGUUAUGAAAAUGGUUUGAUUUUGUGAUUUUGAGAUAUCCUGUUUACAUACCACUUGGCUAAUUACUUAUCUAUGAUUGUUUCAUUGUAAACAAAGCUUAUUCUGAAGAAACAAAGUUUAUUCUGUCCAUAUGGUUAACUUAAUUAACAACUGGAACAUGUGUAGCACAAGACUCAACACCUUAUUAAUAGAAGCAACAUCUAUGAACUCGAAACUAAGUGACAGUUACACAAUCCCACCAAUUUUGUGUACUUCUAUGAACUUGCAAUGUGGUAUUUUACCUUAAUGAAUUGUGUAUUAGUAUUAUAGCGAUUCUAGUCUUCUACAUGCAAAUAUCAUUUCAUACCUAUAUGAUUGCUUCGAUUCUGUAAAAAAACAUGUUCCUAGCUGCCAGGAAUAAGAAAAACCGGGCAUCUGCAAUGGGUGGAUCUAUCCAUACGGGUGGCUCCAUAUCCACAAAUGAGCACAUCAUUCGAAUGCGUCAAGAGUUGGGUAGAGAGCCCACAUUAGAUGAGGUCUUCUUAAGAACUCAUACAAAAAAGAAGGACUCCUCAUGGGUGGACGACAGAUCAAAGAAGACAUAUCAGGAAACAUUUCAAGAGAAGCUUAAACAUGCCUCUCAAGUUGGAGAGGCAUCAGAUAGUGGCCCCAAGGAAGUUGAUUCUGCAACUCGACUAAAUUUUUGGGCAGAAGCUGCUGGUGGCAAGACUAGAGGACGUCUCUAUGGUGCUGGGACAAAUCCAAGCAUUACAAGCCAGGUGUUUCCUCUUUAACCCAGCAGUCACAUGUAUCUCCAUAUAACGGUCAAGUUUCUGCUGACUUUGCUGCACAAAUGGCAACAAUUGAAGAGAGAGCAAAUGUUGCAGAGGAAGAUGCUCGAGCUGCACGAGAGGAAUGUCGUAAGGCAAAUAAACGCACACCAGAUUUGGAGAGACAAUUGAGAGAAUUAGCUGAAAGUGUUGCUUCCAUGAAGGGUGACAAACGCCGUCGUCAUUCGGACUAUGAAAAGUAUGACUCCGACAAUGAUGAUGACUCUGACAGUGAUGACUCUGACAGUGAUGACUCUGACAGUGAUGACUCUGACAGUGAUGACUCUGACAGUGAUGACUCUAUUGGUAGCACAUAAGAUUGUAUUAUUCUAGCUUUACUUUUAUUGAUGAGAUUACUUUAAGAAUCACAUUAUAUUUUGCUUGAACUUGUUUUAUGUUUUGUUUGAGUUUGUUUACAUCAAACUUGUUGAA